AUGACAUUUCUCAUUUGUCCCCGCUGGCGCAACUUCCAUCCGCCUUCUCCGUCCGGCGUAGCUCCAUCCGACCAUGAUGGCCCGCUUGCUGCGCAGGAAGAUCAGGAAGACCAGGGCCAGGGCCAGGACAUAGAAGCAGCACCUUCUGUCCAGCCCGAUAAUGCUACCGAAGAAGGUGAAAAACAACCUGAGAGCUUCUCUCAUCGUCUGCGACGCCGUUUCUCCCGAGAAUCCAAGACACCCGCCGAGGAUCGUGAUACCUCGAAGCUCGGAUUUCCUUUCAAUCUAAGGUCCAUCAAGUCCGCACCCAAAAUAGGGCUGAGACUCGGGCAGAACCUUACAACGUUGGGCAAUCUUGGAAGCAGUUUGAUGAGCGAAAGGGCAUACGACAGCGAUGCACAAUUCAUUACCACUCCCAGUCGCGCUGGAAAAAGUGUCAGGUCUCCAUCGGCGAAGCCUUUUCGAAGAAUGGAUCUGAGUGAUCUGAUCGAGCGAAGUCAUGAACGAAAAUCCUCAGAAAAUCGGAGUCCUGCUGCUGCUCAAGAACGGAACAUAUCCAGUCUCUCCUACCAAUCUACAACUGGGAGGGAUUUUAUAUCUACUCCUACCACCAGUGUGACAUCUUUCCAAGGUCAUCUUCGUACACCACAGGAGCUUCGUCAGGCCUCAAAUCAGCAACUGAAUCCUCUUCAAGCAGAACCGGUUCUAGGAGAAUACGACAUGAACAUCACGUCUGCAAGAUCCCUCCCAGAACUGACCCUCACUAUCCCUCGGUUGGUUCCCUCAUUUGCAGCAACACCUGCCACCAUCGCCAUCCCGCGGCCCAAUGGCGAUUCGGGGUCCCUGGCUGAUUGGAAGCAAUUUUUGCAUGAAAGCCACCAAGUGUACAGCGCAGCAUUUUCGGAAACUCUGCCCAAUCCUUCCACGGAUAUCUUGGUUAAGAAGAAUCGACAAGCACCUGCCUCAGUUAGAUCUUUUACUGAUCCACGAUCAAUACACCUUGAUGAUUUGGGAAUCUCGGACCGGCUUGCCUCGCAAACGACAGCUUCCGGCUCGAUGCCUCGGUUGAUUCACCAGAACGAAUUUGGUUUCUUCGUCCCUCCAUCACAGGAAAAUCUUCAUCCUCCCAAAAGGUCUGAAGCCUCAGCAGUAUCAGAUGUUGGCUCUCCAUCCCCAAUCCCUGGAAAGGGUGAUUUCUGUUCAUUCUACUCGCCACAGUUAGGCUCCAUUGCAUCUAAAGGGUCUCCUAUGAAUUCACAGAGAAGUGUGAACAAUCUCACUAUAAGCAACUCUCAGAUCAAAGAGAAGAUUCCGAAUGAGAGUGAAAUUGUUCAGAGCAGUCAGCUUCACGAGAACGGAGCUAUACAGAGUAAAUUCCGCGAGCAUUGCGAAAGCCCUGAUUCUGAGCAGGCGCAAUCUCACAAUAUUUCAAAUGACCUCGAUAAGGUAUGCCAGCCACGCAAGAUCAGCGUCGGUUGGAUGUCCGAAGGCCGAAGGGUAGGCUAUGGCUACAGUCCAGUGCCCAGUCAGGACGAACCACAAGUUCAAAAUGAACUUGUUUAUCACUCAUACCGCAAGCCCGAGCCAGAAUCCAAACCCGAAGUUAUGCCGGUAGAAUUCAAUCAAAUCGACUACCAAAAGCCUUCAAAUGAUAAUUUCGAGUCGACGGAAGGCUUCACUCCAGAACUAAGCCCAAGCAUGGCUAUCAAUUGCUCAGAUAUAAACCAUCCCAACCUGCCUCCAAUUCCAAAGGCCAAGGCAUCCGAAUACCCUACGCCACCAUAUCUCCGGGCCGUGCUUGGAAGCCGCAGAGGUCGAACCGAUGACCCUUCAUCCGCUCGGAUUCGCGAAGGCAGCUUCAAAAGUCUACGGGCCCCAGAACUGCCUCCAAUGACACAUAUCGAGCACUGUCAAGUCCCAAAGAGCUCGAAGUAUAGCAACCAAGCCAACGACUCUUUUGUUCAGCGCUGGCCCCGUCUCAGCCCACCUACCAAACAAGCUGCCAUUGUCUCAGGUGAUAAUGCUGAUGACGAUAAUCCAGGAUUUUUUGACCUCGGCGAUCAAUACCACGUUCAAGAGCCUUGCUCUCUCCAACCUAAAAUAUCUCGAAGCGAAAAAUGGGUCCGGCGUUUCACUCGCCGCCGAGAGAGUAGGCGUGUCUCGAAUGCUCAGCUGCAAGACUCUUCUCAGAGUUCCUCGGACCAGUAUGAGGAUUGUGUGUCGGAUGAUCCUCAGCGAAAAACCACGGAAGAUCUGGCGGUCAUGUACCAGGACUGUAUGGAUAUGCCCGGAUCCUUUGAUGGUAGCCGCUGGGCGAGUCGGAGAAGCCGAAUGCCACUGUGGGAUGCGUGCACUGAGGGUCUCUGGCAUUCAGCGUGA